AGGAGCGGAGCAGUUUGCUUCAAAACAGGCUGAAGGACGAACGAAGAGCAAGAGGAAAGGACAAGUACGAGAGGACACCGGAGGGACAAACCCGCUGUUCCACAGCAAGGCGUCGGAAAAAUGCGUCUGGGUCCCACCGCAACCGUGGCCCGCAGGGCCUUCGCUUCAGCCGCCGCGGGUCACGGAAGUCACGAGGGUGGAGGUAAGACGUGGAAGGUCCUGUCCUUCGUCGUUGCCCUGCCGGGGGUGGCCGUGUGCAUGCUGAACGCCUACAUAAAGAAGCAGCAUCACUCCCACGACUCUCCUCCGUUCACCGCCUACUCGCACCUCCGCAUCCGCACCAAGCCCUUCCCCUGGGGGGACGGAAACCACACUCUCUUCCACAACCCCCACACCAACCCCCUUCCCACGGGCUUCGAGGGACCUCACCACUGAGCACGGCGCCUCCCCACGACCGCCGUCACGUGCGCGUGACCGUGCUGCGCCGCAGUGUGUGCCAUGACUCGACAGAGGCACACGCAACAUACCAUGUUUCACUGGGGGGGCACUGACACUGGUACUGAUACUUGCACUGGCACUGACACAGACACUGACACUGGCACUGAC